AUGGUCAAUGCGAAACACGUCGCCUUCAAAGUCAACCAACAGACUCCAAACUACCCCACGGCACCCGAAGCCUAUGGCACGGUACUCAACUGUCGAAAACCGGGCGGAAAAAAGAUUCUGGGCGAGCAGAGGGAAGUGCGGUCGCAUCAUGUGCCCUUGAUCAACGUACCUGGGAGUCGUAAGCGGAAGUGGGGUGGCCAAGAGAAGGGCAACGACACGGAUCGUUCAACGAGUUUGAUCACUUGGACGGAACCAAACGCAACGACGACGGCAACAACAUCGCAAGAGCAGGAACUUUCGAGUCAAAAAUGGCAGCUCAAGCCUACCAAGUUACGGAAGCCUCUGACGAAAGGAGUUGACCUGGACUGCUGGUUCACCAUACUUUCCUUCUCCGACCCCGCGCAACUCUUGGAGAUGCGCAGCAAGGUCGUGUCAUGCUAUCGCUUUUUGAGGAACAAUCCUAUGCUCUGGAAACAUAGCAGGAGCUACUACUACGGAGACGACAUGCCAGAUCCGCCCUCUGAGCUCACCGAGUUCCAGUACGCUCACUUACGGCACGGGCAUGGAUGCAUGAGCUGCAGCACGCCCAACACACGCAAGACGUACUGGGCAUUCCUACGACGGUGGUGCAAGAAUUGUCUGCAGGAAAAGGUUGUGAAAGAGCAGGAUGCGAUCGUUUUGCUCAAGGACGCGAACCGAGAAAACUUUUCCUUCCUCCUCAAGUGCCUCCCGUCUGGCGUUUUCGAUUCCUGGUGUAAUUUCGUCGGGGCUGGGCCGGCCAAGACGCAUUCGGUCAAGACGGUCUACCUGCUUUCAGAUGUCAAGAAGCUCGUCGCCGACCUGGUCCUUGAGAAAGAGCAAAACCCCUUCCUGGGCCACGACGAGAUGCGCGCAUGGAUGGAGAAAAAGGUCGAGCUCAUCGAAGAGCGCCGCUCAUUCGCACGCAAGAUGGAGCAAUGGGAAGACGCAACACGCUCCACAAAGUCCUUUGACUACCAGGCGAGAAAGUCGGCACGCAAGGCAUACUUCGAAAGCAAGGCAUCGAAACUCAACCCGCCUAUCAGUCUACGCGAAAUGGAGUUCUGUCCCUCGUAUCGUCGCGCGAUCACUAUCCCCAAGGAGCCCAGCAAUGCGUCAUGGCUGCAGCUCAAGCCUAAGCUCGAGAAAGAGGCCGCGGACUUGGCAGCUCAGGGUGGUCCUUCGGGGCUUCAAUCAUCCACGUCAUCUACGCCAGAGACUAUGACGCCUGAUCGUAUUGGACAGGCUCAUCAGCCGUUUGUGUAUCCUGUGCAUUCCUUCAUGUCUGCUAACCUUCCGCUCAACUCAUACCCCCCCAGCAGUCUGGCGCCGGACGAUAAUCUGAGGGUUUAUCAGGCGUCGAUGUAUGCGCUCAUCCGUCCUCCAGGGUUUCUUUCUCCACAUGGAAAUCUGUUUUGA